UUAACUUAACCUUGUUUGGUUCGAAUUUUACUGUACUGUAACCCCGGCAACACAGUUUGAUCGAUUCGGCACCUUCACAAUUUGAUCUGAUUUUUGGAAACUUUUCUUCUAUUAUCUGAGGAAAUAUGUCAGUUGCGGUUGACACAUGCAAUUCAAGAAUUUUGUGUGUUAGAUGUAGCAAUGAAUUUAACGAAAAUCUUCAGUUUUCGCGCUUCCAGUUCAAUUUCCGCAACCGCCACCAAUUUGUCGAUUUCGGCUCCCGUCGUCGACUUUUCGCCGCCGUUGAUCGGAGAAAGUCCCGAUUUUUCACGAUCUGCAGCAGGAAAGAUGCAGAUGUUGCUGCAUUUGAGGAAGCGAAUUUUUCCAGUGAGAAAAAUGUCGAUGAGGAGUUAACGUGCGUGAUGAAGUUCGGCGGUUCCUCGGUGGCGUCGGCGGAGAGGAUGAGAGAGGUGGUUCGUCUCAUCCUUAGCUUUCCCGAGGAAAGGCCGAUUGUUGUUCUCUCUGCCAUGGGCAAAACUACGAAUAAUCUCCUUCGCGCAGGAGAGAAGGCUGUGAGCUGCGGACACAGUAGUGUGUCGGAAAUUGAGGAGCUGGCCUUUAUAAAAGAACUGCAUCUUAGGACGGUAAAGGAGCUUGGACUAGAUGAUUCUGUGAUUUCUGGGCAUGUGGAAGAACUCGAGUUGCUUUUGAAUGGAAUUGCUAGAUUGAAGGAGCUGACGUUACGUACGCAAGACAAACUUGUGUCAUUUGGAGAGUGCAUGUCUACGAGAAUAUUUGCUGCUUAUCUGAACAAAAUUGGCACUAAAGCACGGCAAUAUGAUGCAUUUGACAUUGGAUUUGUCACAACGGAUGAUUUCACAAAUGCAGAAAUUCUGGAAGCAACUUAUCCUGCUGUUGCCAGUAAAUUAUACAGUGACUGGACCAACGAUCAUGCAAUUCCAAUAGUUACUGGCUUCCUUGGAAAGGGAUGUAAAUCUGGGGAUAUCACCACUUUGGGCAGAGGCGGCAGUGACUUGACAGCUACCACUAUUGGGAGAGCUUUGGGUUUAAAAGAGAUUCAGGUGUGGAAGGAUGUCGACGGUGUUCUGACCUGUGAUCCCACCAUUCAUCCAGGUGCAAAACCUGUGCCUUAUUUGACAUUUGAAGAGGCAACAGAGCUAGCUUACUUUGGAGCUCAGGUAUUGCACCCACUAUCCAUGCGGCCAGCUAUGGAUGCUAGUAUUCCAGUUAGGGUCAAGAACUCUUACAAUCCUAAAGCCCCUGGUACCCUCAUCACUAGAAAUAGAGACAUGACCAAGGCUCUGCUCACCAGUAUAGUUCUUAAGCAGAAUAUCACCAUGCUGGAUAUAGUUAGUACCCGGAUGUUGGGCCAGUUUGGCUUCCUUGCUAAGGUAUUUUCAAUAUUCGAAGAUCUGGGUAUAUCUGUGGAUGUUGUUGCAACAAGUGAAGUUAGUAUCUCUCUAACGCUCGAUCCAUCAAAAAUUUGGAGCAGAGAACUAAUUAAGCAGGAACUUGACCACGUGAUUGAAGAGCUAGGAAAAAUUGCUGUUGUAAAACUUCUGCCGCACCGAUCAAUUAUCUCCCUCAUUGGAAACAUCCAGUAUUCUUCCCUGAUACUAGAAAAGGCCUUCAGCGUUUUCGGGAGAAUUAAUGUGAACGUCCAGAUGAUCUCUCAAGGAGCUUCCAAGGUUAACAUGUCGCUUAUAGUAAAUGAUAGUGAAGCAGAACAGUGCAUUAAAGCCCUUCACAAUGCCUUCUUUGAGAGCGGUGAAGUCUCGGAGAAGGACUUGGAUGCUGCACUCAACAAUGGCAAUGUUGAAUCUGUUCCAGCAAAUUGAGCAUAACCAACUUUAUUCUGAUUGGAAGAUUGAAGAUUGGUGUGCCGAGCAAGGCGUCCAAAAACGCUUCUCGUCCGUCGCUUACCUCAAGCUAACCUAACCGAAUACUGGUUCAAGAGAUCAAAGCAAAGCUAUCACAAGCAGGCAUACAGUAGAUAGACGCAUUGCCUAGAGUGUUGUGGUCAUACAAAGACUACUCUUCGUUCCACUAUUGGGAAAACUCCCUUCAAUUUGGUAUACGGAUCAGAAGCAAUCACCCGACUAAGGCUGAGCUAGAAACCUUCAUAAUCCAACUUUAUGAGUGGGAGAACAAUGACAGCUUGCUACGAGGUAACUUAGACUUAAUAGAUGAAGUACAAGAAGAUGCACAUGCUCGUAUAAAGAGAUAUAAACAAAGAAUGGUCAAUGCUUACAAUCA